AUGCGGGCGGAGGAGCCGCUGGCGCUGGCGGCCCCGCGGGCGGGCGGCGAGGCGGAGGCGGAGGCGCCGGGCGAGGAGCGGAGCGGCGGCAGCUGCUGCAGCAGCGAGCGCCUGGUGAUCAACAUCUCGGGGCUGCGCUUCGAGACGCAGCUGCGGACCCUCUCCAUCUUCCCCGACACGCUGCUGGGGGACCCCAGCCGCCGGGUGCGCUACUUCGACCCGCUCCGCAACGAGUACUUCUUCGACCGCAACCGGCCCAGCUUCGACGCCAUCCUCUACUAUUACCAGUCCGGGGGCCGGCUCCGCCGGCCGGUCCAUGUGCCCCUGGACAUCUUCCUGGAGGAGAUCCGCUUCUACCAGCUGGGCCAGGAGGCUAUUGAGACAUUCCGGGAGGACGAGGGAUUCAUCCCAGAGGAGGAGAAGCCCCUGCCCCAGCAUCACUUCCAGCGCCAGGUCUGGCUGCUCUUUGAGUACCCCGAGAGCUCCGGGCCGGCCAGAGCCAUCGCCAUCGUCUCCGUGCUGGUCAUCCUUAUCUCCAUCGUCAUCUUCUGCCUGGAGACCCUGCCCGAGUUCCGCCAGGAGCCCAAGGGCCCCCAGCCUGGCUUCGGGGAGUCUGCGCCACUCGGGGACGAGGUGCUGCUGCUGCCGCCGCUGCCACCGCCGAGCGGGACCCCCCCGCCCCUGCGUCCCGCCGCCGGCUCCGGCCCGUUCUUCACAGACCCCUUCUUCCUCAUCGAGACCCUGUGCAUCAUCUGGUUCUCCUUCGAGCUCCUCGUGCGCUUCUUUGCCUGCCCCAGCAAGCCCGAGUUCUCCCGCAACAUCAUGAACAUCAUUGACAUCGUGGCCAUCAUCCCCUACUUCAUCACCCUGGGCACCGAGCUGGCCCAGCAGCAGCAGCAGAAGCAGCAGCCCGGGAGCAGCAGCAACAACGGGGGCCAGCAGCAAGCCAUGUCCCUGGCCAUCCUCAGAGUCAUCCGCCUGGUCAGAGUCUUCAGGAUCUUCAAGCUCUCCAGGCACUCCAAGGGGCUGCAGAUCUUAGGGAAGACUCUCCAGGCCAGUAUGAGGGAGCUGGGCCUCCUCAUCUUCUUCCUCUUCAUCGGGGUGAUCCUCUUCUCCAGUGCUGUCUACUUUGCAGAGACUGAUGACCCUGACUCACUGUUCACCAGCAUCCCUGAUGCUUUCUGGUGGGCUGUGGUGUCCAUGACCACUGUGGGCUAUGGGGACAUGUAUCCCAUGACCAUUGGUGGCAAGAUUGUGGGCUCCUUGUGUGCCAUCGCGGGUGUGCUCACCAUUGCCCUGCCUGUCCCUGUUAUCGUGUCCAACUUCAACUACUUCUACCACCGAGAGACUGACCACGAAGAGCAGUGCCAGUACACCCACGUCACCUGUGGCCAGCAACAGUCACCCUUCUCUGAGCCCAAGAAGGGGGACAGUAAUCAGUCCCUCAGCAAAUCUGAAUUCCUGGAAGCCGAAGACCUGGAGUCCAUGAAAUAUUCCAACUUCAUUCCUCCCAAUAACCAGGGAUAUAAAGAGAAGAAAAUGCUGACAGAGGUGUGAUGAGUUUUGUUGUCCUGGGUCCAGACACGGAGCUGCAAGCUGCUGUUACAGUUGUCUUCCUACAAGCAGCUGGAUCUAUUCAGCAUUUACAUGCCAGACUGUGAAUUGUGAUACCGUAAACAGAAUGAUUGUGAUAAUGGGCUCUUCUGGCCUGAUGUGCUGUUUCUCAUUACUGUGUGCAGCCAGAAAUGUUCUUGCUUUAUUCCGUGGAGUGCUAGCUGUCAUCCCCACUCCCUUGUGCAUUUCUCUGCUUUUGAUGACUGCUUUAAUCCAACAUUUGCUCCGAAACCAAGUCUUGUAACUCCACUAGCAGAGAAGCCCUUGCCACUUCUUCAGCAGAAGCAUUCAGCAGACUGAACAGUUAAAGGGGCUACAAACAUCUGGCUCAAGCCGUGCUCUCAGUCCCUGUGCCAGCGCGGUGCCCUUGGCUGUGGGAUCAGUCACGCCUGCCAUGCCAUUGCCUUUGAAUAAUGGAAACGCUGCAGCCAGGAUCACAGGGAGCUCUGCAGCUGUAGAGGAA